AUGUCAAUGACUGGUCAGGGGUCGGGCAGCGAUCGCGAGCCCAGCGCCGUGACGCCAGAUCAGCCGGAACAGGAUCGCCUCCUCCCUCAGCCUCACGAAGCUGGUCACGGCGCGGAGGGGUUUCAUGAACCGAUCACGUUUAAACGAAAGCAAAAGCGACAGUCACGAUUCAGUCUGUCGAAUCUGUUCUCGAAUACCGCCGGCGGUUCGGAUACAGGUCUCGAAUCUACAAGAUCUCAGGGUGCGCAGAAUGGAGAUGUGUCACCACUAGAUCCCUACGGGCCCAUUGGAUGGAAUGGUGACACGAACGCCUCCAAGGACGGUACGCCUCUGGACUGGUACGUCGAGGGCCCGGGCCGUCGUGUGGGUUACGAUGAUUUCACCGCUAUCGACUGGAUCUACGAAUACACAAAGGAACGACAACGGAAGCGGUUACUCUAUUCGAGCGGUCAGGGUGUUGCUGGAUAUUUCCGUCGACUCGUCGAAGCAAGCAAUAUCUGGUUUGUCUUGGUUGCGACGGGCAUUGCAGUCGGUAUUAUUGCUGCCUCUAUCGACAUCGCGACGGAUUGGUUGGGAGAUCUGAAAACAGGCUACUGCAAAAGUGGUAGUGGAGGUGGAAAGUUCUAUCUCAAUCGCAGCUUUUGCUGCUGGGGUCUAGACGACUAUUCAAAAUGCCUGGAUUGGACACCAUGGGGAAAUGCCCUGGGUGCACCGUCCACAGGAGGCCGGUAUACCAUCGAAUAUAUCUUUUACAUUCUGUUUUCGGUGGUAUUUGCCGUGUGUGCUUGUCUUUUGGUACGAAAGUUUGCUACAUAUGCGAGACAUAGUGGAAUUCCCGAGAUCAAGACAAUCCUGGGAGGAACCGUCAUCCGGCAUUUCAUGGGUCCCUGGACACUUACUAUCAAGUCACUUGGGCUGUGUCUCUCGGUUGCAUCUGGAUUGUGGUUGGGCAAAGAAGGCCCGCUUGUCCAUGUUGCAUGCUGUUGUGCCAAUAUCAUGAUGAAGCCUUUUGACAGUCUCAAUGGAAAUGAAGCUCGAAAACGCGAGGUUCUCUCUGCAGCUGCAGCUGCGGGCAUCUCAGUCGCUUUCGGUGCUCCCAUCGGAGGCGUGCUUUUCAGUUUGGAGCAAUUAUCUUAUUAUUUCCCAGACAAGACAAUGUGGCAAAGCUUUGUUUGCGCCAUGGUUGCCGCCGUCACGUUGCAGGCCCUGAACCCAUUCCGCACAGGGAAUAUCGUAUUGUAUCAAGUCACCUAUACUCGAGGAUGGCACCGCUUUGAGGUCAUCCCAUUCAUCAUUCUUGGUAUUGUGGGCGGACUCUUCGGAGCGUUCCUCAUCCGAAUGAAUAUGCGAAUCGCCAAAUGGCGGCGGUCUCGGACUUGGUCAAGACCGGUUAUUGAAGUAGCCAUCGUUGCUCUUCUGACGGCUUUGAUCAACUUUCCCAAUCAUUUUAUGAGGGCUCAGAAUUCAGAGCUUGUCCAAUCCCUUUUCGCAGAAUGCAGCAGUGAAACAUAUGAUCGAUUCGGUCUAUGUGUCACCGGGUCCAAGUCAUUUGGAGUCGUUGCCAUGCUGCUGGUGGCUGCCGUGCUGGCGUUUUUCCUUUCUGCAUUGACCUUUGGUCUUGAUAUUCCAGCCGGUAUCAUUCUUCCGUCGGUCGCCAUCGGUGCCCUGUACGGCCGGGCGCUGGGAAUUCUCGUUCGGAUGUGGCAGGAGGCCUAUCCGAAGGCUUUCCUUUUCAGCAAGUGUGAGCCCGACAUUCCAUGUGUGACGCCAGGACUAUAUGCAAUCAUCGGUGCGGCAUCUGCGCUAGGUGGUGCGACUCGAAUGACUCUUUCGAUUGUCGUCAUCAUGUUCGAAUUGACGGGUGCCUUGACCUAUGUCAUCCCGAUCAUGAUCGCCGUGAUGUUAUCAAAAUGGUGCGGCGAUAUCUUUGGGAAGCGUGGUAUCUACGAGUCGUGGAUUCAACUGAAUGAGUAUCCAUUCCUUGAUCAUCGAGACGAUACCACACCACCGGAUGUCUCUGCUCAUCGGGUCAUGACCACCGUAGAUGAUGUCUCUGUAGUUACAGCGACUGGUCAUACCAUUGGCUCUCUUCGCUCCAUUCUCGCCAAUACCACAUAUCGUGGAUUCCCCGUUAUUUCGGAGGCUUCUAUCCCUGUUCUCCUGGGCUACAUCACCCGCAACGAGCUAUCAUUUGCUCUGAAGUAUUCAACUUCGCCGACACAGCGCAACCUCACCAGUGAGACUCAGGUUUUCUUUUCGCAUCAGCCAUUUGCAGACCCUGUAGAGACGUUGGAUCUCCGUCCCUGGAUGGAUCAAACCCCCAUCACGCUCAAUAGCAACAUCAGCUUCUUGGUCGUCCUACGCAUGUUCCAGCGGCUUGGAUUGCGCUAUGUUUUGUUCGCCAACAAGGGCAUCUUGCAGGGAUUGCUGACCAAGAAAGAUGUCUGGUCAGUUCUCAAUGGCGUCGAGUUCCGUCGACAAGAGGCUCUCCGGGACCAUGAGUUCCCGGGCAGCCAUGGGGCCGAAGAGGUUGGUCUCCUUCACGGUGAUGAAAGAAACAGUCUCAGCAGUACCCUGAGGCGAGACUCGCUAUGA